ACUAGAAGAGUCUGUACUGCAUGUCUAAGAUAUCAACAAGUUCGAAAGGGAGAAAAUAAUACAAAGAUAUCAUAUAUAUAAUUAUAAUAUGUCGAGCAGGAACAGAGAUCCACUGGUAGUAGGGAGAGUGAUUGGGGAUGUAUUGGAUCCUUUUACAAGAUCAAUAUCCCUAAGGGUGACAUAUAACAACAGGGAAGUUAAUAAUGGUUGUGAGUUUAGGCCUUCUCAUGUUGUUAGCCAACCAAGGGUUGAAAUUGGUGGUGAUGAUCUCAGGACUUUCUACACUCUAGUUAUGAUAGACCCCGAUGCUCCUACUCCAAGUGAUCCCAGCCUCAGGGAAUACUUGCAUUGGUUGGUGACUGACAUUCCAGAGACAACUGGAGCAAACUUUGGCCAAGAGAUUGUUUGUUACGAAAGUCCGAGGCCAUCAAUGGGAAUCCACAGGUUCGUGUUCGUCCUGUUCAGGCAACUGGGAAGACAGACUGUGUACGCACCCGGGUGGCGCCAGAAUUUCAACACCAGAGACUUUGCCGAACUCUAUAAUCUUGGUUCUCCAGUUUCUGCUGUCUACUACAACUGUCAGCGGGAGUCUGGUUCAGGUGGCCGAAGAAGAUAAAUUUAAAUAUAUGCUUGCGUGUGUAUGAUUGUAUGUUUCUGUUUGGUUUGCUUUCGAUGUGAAAGCAUGUUGAAGAGUUGGAAACAAGCCAAGUAGGUAUGUUGUGUGUGUGUGUGUACAUAGAUGACCAGCUAGCUAAACAAGUACUACAAGCUAGUCAUCUUUCUUCUAAAGGUCUUUAUCCACAGUAUUUAGGGUAUUGUUGUGGAUGAAUAUGUAAUGAAUAAACAUGCAGCCUUUUAAUCAAUAUGGUUACACUAA